AUGUCUGCCCCAGAAACUACUACCUCCGUCGCUACCCGCUCUAACCAGGGCACCGUCGCUCCCAAGGAAGCUUUGAAGCUCCGUCUUGACCUCAACCUCGAGGUGGAGAUCGCCAUCCAGGCCAAGGUCAACGGCGACAUCACCCUCUCCCUCCUAUGUCCUGCGUUGAUCUGGAGAGAUGAUAGCGAAAUGUACAUUGGAUUCGGGUGA